CUGAGCUUCGAACGGCUUGGCUGCAUGCUUGCGGCAUCACACCCUGUGCUGGAAUCUGUCCACCUGAAGAUACCCUUGGUGACUCACGACGCAGCCCUUGGAGGUGCAGGUAUGCUGUGUGAAAGCAUGCUGUGGAGAAUGGCGUACUGCCAGGACUUCACGAGUGAGGAGACUCCGGCCUCUCUGCCAGGCCCGUGGCGAAGGGAGGGAGCCCUGUCAGAGCUGGCUGCCGCCGUGACCUUCAGCUCGUGCCCUCAAGGUACCCGAGCGGGUGUUGAGGCGCCAUCAGAGAUGCUCAGAACCCCGGAGAGGGUCUGGAGAUGGGGCCGCUCUGGAGCUUCUAACCACAGGGGGACCCAGAGCCAGACAGUCUCACCAUGCAGAAGGACCUCUCCUGGGGUGAACAUCCCGGGCUCGGCUCGGUCUGGCGGCGAGGCCUUCCUGGUGCCCUCGAGCUGCCAGAGCAUCUGCCAGAACUACAGUGACCUACUCAUUGCAGGGGACCAGGUGCUGCCACUGAGCGCCAGUGCAGAUGACCUGAUGGCGGGGAGCACCGCUGAGCCUGCCGAUGGCCCCUUCCUACAGUCCUGUGAGAUCCCCCCAGCGAUGGACUCUCCACCCUCUUCUCUGGAGUACCCUCAACGGCCCAUUCGGAGGGGUGACUCCUCAUGCUGGAGGGCGGGCAGUACCAAGGAGCGCAGCCUCCUGCUGGGGGGGCAGCAGCCGCUUUCCAACUCGCUGCUGAACCACUACCUGGAGCAGAAGGUGGUGGACCUCUACAGGCAGCACAUGAUGGAGAGCAUGGCUCACGGCCGCUCCCCCUCCACCGUGCUGGCCUCUGAGCUCAUGCUGACCAGCGUGGACCAGAUCACUCUGCAGCUGUCGCGUGAGCAGAACUUAGAGGCCACCAGAGCAAAGGACAUGGUCAUCAGCUGCCUGCGGAGGGUGGCCAGUGGCCUGCAGUCCAGCGAGAUCAGCACUCCGCUGCUACAGAUCUCUGUGGACAGCACAUAGAUCGAGAUGGCCUUAUGGGGGACGGCCAGCACA